GGACAUUGUGAGACUGUGAAGUGUAUGUGUUGUGCUGCACCGAUGAAAAAGGAAAAUAAAAACACUGUAUGCUGUUAAUGUUGUGACUUGUGAAGCUAAAGUCGGCAAAGUUUGGUAUAUAUAUCGAGUGUAAGCCCCAAACAAGGGGAGUGUGUGGUGAAUUGCGAAAAGAGAGAAGAGAAAAGUUGGCAGUGUAUGAGUGCGUGGCUUGGGUACCAAGAAGCGUGUGUUGAGGGACGAAUAGUGUUGGGUAGAGGUGGUGAAAAGAAGUACAGAGGGUGGUGAGAGACAGUGUAGCGAGGCUUUUGGGCUGCAAAUAUGGAUGUUGGUGGAGGUCCAAGUUUAUUUCCACUGCAUCGGUGCAAAACUAUUCACUUGGUGAGGCACGCACAAGGGAUUCACAAUGUAGAAGGAGAUAAGAACUAUAAAGCAUAUAUGUCUCCUGAAUAUUUUGAUGCACACCUUACUCCACUUGGCUGGCAGCAGGUUGAUAAUUUGCGUAAACAUGUUCAUGCAUCUGGGCUUUUCAACAAGAUAGAAUUGGUCAUCACAUCUCCUUUGCUAAGGACUAUGCAAACAGCCGUUGGAGUAUUUGGCGGUGAUGGCUAUACGGAUAGGAUUGAUGUACUUCCACUAAUGCUGGCAAAUGCAGGAAACAGUGGUCGUUCUGCAAUUUCAAGUCUUAAUUGUCCACCUAUCGUUGCAGUAGAACUUUGUCGAGAACAUUUGGGUGUUCAUCCUUGUGAUAAAAGGAGCAGCAUCAGUGACUAUCAAUGCCUCUUUCCUGCAGUUGAUUUUUCACCGGCAAAAAGUGAUGAGGAUAUAUUAUGGAAAGCCAAUAUUAGAGAGAAGAAGGAAGAAGUUGCAGCUAGGGGAAUGAAGUUUAUGAAUUGGUUGUGGACACGGAAAGAGAAGGAGAUAGCGAUUGUUACCCAUAGUGGAUUCUUGUUUCAUACACUAAGUGCUUUCGGCAACGAUUGUCACCCUUCGGUGAAGAAAGAAAUCUGCAAACAUUUUGCGAAUUGUGAGCUCCGCUCCAUGGUCAUUGUAGACAGAAGUAUGAUAGGGUCAGACUCCUCAACGACUAACUAUCCGGGGAAAAUUCCUCCUGGGCCUGAUCACCCUAGUGGGCCUAGUGAUGUUGCUGCGGAUGAGAAGAACCUAGAGAAUGAACUGCCCAAUCCUGGAUCUAAAUGAGAUGGAGAAUGUCAUUAUUCAGAGGUGCUUAUUCAUAUAUUAAGCUGAAAAUCCCUGGUAUGAUAGAAUAGCAUCAUUCGUGGGACUCUCUUGUUCGUAUAGAUGAUGAUGUCACAUAAUACAUGCUGUUUUGAUUUCAUGAGACUAA